AUGAAGCGGAGUUCAUUCCAAGAUGUCGAGAGGAAAUCGGGUGAACUCGACCCGUCUAUUCGACAGACGCAGGAGUUUGAGGAUAUUCGUUUUUCCAUUUCUCGGAUUGAGGAACUGCUGGAGCACGGUCAGUCCCUCCUCUACGAUCAACAUACUGAGAAAGGGGCGGUGGUGUCUCCUACCGUCUCCGACGGGGAGCCAACACUCAAGCGCGGGACGAGUUUCCCUUCCACAACAUCACCCCAAGACGAUCCACAUGCGAAAAAGAAGGAAAGAAAAGGCUCGAAGAUGACGGAGCGACCGGAGAAGGUACGACUGCGGACUGUGGGGAUGGCCGGGCGGUCUCGUGGGGGGACUCCCGCUUCCUUCUCGCUGGGCCUGCGGCGGCCCGUUGCUCGUCGGCGGGGUACGGAAGGGGAAAUGACGGCGCCGAGUGAAGACUCCGUCAUGGAGGAAGUCUCCGUUGAGGAGCUGCGCCGACGCAUUCAUGCAGAGUUAGAGGAGUAUCGCCGUCAUGGUCCUUUGACGCAGUGGAAACCGCAACCGGUAGGAGGGGAACCUAGACAGCGGGUAGAGCGUGUAAACCCUCGGCGUCGAGGACAAAGAUUGUAUACUCCUUCAGUACGGAAAGAAAUGAAACCGGUUACUCCACAAACAAAAGAGAUUGCAACACGCGCUCCCAGGGGAGUGAACUCGUUUGGAGUUGCAAAAGGCAGUAACAAUCAUAUCAAUAAUACCAACAAUCAUAACAAGAAGAAUACUGUUGGCCUUCCCAAUAGAUCACCCAAUACAUUACGAGAUGUACAUCAGCAACAGCGACAGCAACAAAAUCGUUCACCUGCAUGGGAAAGGCUAUAUGAUGAUGCUGCCAGGAUACGAGAGAAGAAACGGCAGAAGGAAAUAGAGCGACAGAAGGAGGAAUCUAAUUACAAAUUAAAAAAAAAUCCAUAUGAUCCUCAUUCUUUAAGAAAACGAUUUUCACUGAAAGUUGCAUCAAUGUCUACAGCAAGUCAUUCAGUACCCCACAAAGAGUCACAUCCAUCUGUGCCGGUAGUCACAGAAAAAGGAAGGCGUGGGUUUGACAUUAAAACGCCGUACCAUAACACUCCGCAACAGACGCAUAAGCUUGAUGCUCCCGGUCGAAUUUUCGCGCGUCGGCAUGUAAAACCGCAAGAACCCCCACUCCAAAAACCAGAGGAUAAUGAGAAGGAAUAUGUGAAUAGUGUGAAUGAACCGUUACAUUCAGGAAGUCCUCUCCACACUGAGGCAGAUGAUUCAUGUGUAGAAGAAAAUGUUGUCAUUAAUAAAAAUGAGGUGCAAAAGAGUGUGGAAACCCCAGAUGUUGAACCAGAUACGAAAGCAAUUACCAAUAAUCUGGUCAAGUCUCCAAUGCAUAGUGUUACCUCAGAAGAAGAUAUUUUAAAUCAGUCUGGAGCUUCAAAGACCUCUUCAGAACGAUUGGGUGCGGCAUCAUUAUUAGCAUCCAGUGAUGAGGUUUGGGAAUUGCCUUUGCGAAACCCGCGUGAGGCAACCUCAACACCGAUUCCUGUCAUAGUCAGACCCCUCGAUCUACGGGCACUAAGAAAGUGA